AUGCAGCGUUCCAAGAAGAAGGUAGUCAAGACACCCGCAAAGCGACGUCUCCGCAAUUGGACAACAAGUCCACCGUGCGAGGCCCAACUCUUACUUAAUGACAUCAUACAACGAGCAAACGUGAAGUCGGCUACAGACCUGUGGAACGAGAUCCCCCUCUUCCAAGAGUACAGUGUCUCGUCAUCGAAGAGCAGCCAACAUGCAUCGAACCAAACGAUGGUGACGACUGCGAUCAUACGACUGAGUCUCACCAAGGUAGCCAAGAAUUGGCCAUCACGGUAA